AUGUCAAGAGCUCUCGACAGGGAAACAGUUGCAUCCCUUCAAAGCAACGACACUCACAUAGUUUAUAACGACAUCGUCCGAGGACUCUGCCAGGAGAGAACGCAAUUGCUCGAGAUUGAGCUCCUUGGAAAGAGCCAUCCAAUACCAGCUGGACAAAACUUUCUCCUCGAAGAAAACAGCAUUGCUAUCCCCAAAGUCAAACUUGUGCAAGCGUUCGUCGUUGCUCGUCAAAUUUUCUUCGAGCUCCUCAAGAAGCCCCUAUAUGAGAAGCGUGAUGAGCUUCGAAAUGCAACCGCUGUUAUGCUGUUGAUGGACCCGGAAAAUCUUACCGCGGCGAAUGCAAGGAAAAGACUGAUCGAGUCUUGUAGAGAGGGCUCAAAAGAAGAGGUUCAAUUAGCGCUGGAGAGGGAGCUGUUAUUUGUUGACAGCUAUUUAACGGCACGGCUACAUCGCCAUACCAAAUCACCCACGCUCUGGAGCCAUCGUCGUUGGAUUCUUCAGAUCUGCCAUUCUGUACAGUUGGAAUAUGAUAUACAGCGAGAUCUCAGAACCGUUGUUUUGAUUGCGGCAGAGAGACACCCAAGAAAUUACUAUGCCUGGUCUCAUAUGCGGUGGCUUGUCCAAACAUUUGGUGUGAAAGAUGCCGAGAGGAAUGAAAUGCUCCUCAUCGUCAAUGAUUGGUGCUUGAGACACCCGGGUGAUACAUCUGGCUUCUCAUUUCUAUUGUUCUUUCUCGCCUCGUUUGGAUGCCCUGAAGACCCGUCUCGGAUUGAAGCAAGCACACGCGUCUUCCGAGAUGUACUUGAUCUGGCUACCUCAUUCAAAUGGACACACGAGUCCGUAUGGGUUUUUCUGCGAACUCUGGCUGCCUCUGGAGAAGUAACAGAAGCCCAAACUAUAUCUUUCUCUAGGAAGGCAGAUGCUAUUCUCGCAGCGCAUCCGGACAAUCCCCAGGUGGGAUUGACUUUCAAAGCCGCAAUUGCCUGGUUUGAGAAAUAUCAAAGGAGGCCUUACACUUGA